CGGAGAGGUAUUUUCUAGGCACGGGAUUCCCUUGGAACUCCAUACUGACCAGGAAAGAAAUUUUGAAUCCAAAUUAAUAACAGAGAUGACGGGGUUACUUGGCGUAAAAAAGACGAGAACUACGCCUCUGCAUCCGCAGUCAAAUGGACAAGUGGAACGACAACACCAGACGAUCCUGAAUUAUUUAGCAAAGUUCGUAUCAGAGAAUCAGAAAGAUUGGGACCGCUGGGUCCCUAUGUUUCUCCUGGCCUAUCGUUCUUCAAGGUAGGAGACUACGGGCGUCACUCUUGCGGAAAUGUAUCUUGGAGAAGAUCUUCGUUUGCCGUUGGACUUGCUACGGGGGAGUCCUCCAUCAAGUGUUUCGGAGAACGUGGAAACAAGGAGGUUUACUAUGAAGUUGAAAGAGAAAUUAGAUGAGAUACACCGCAUCGCCAGGCAACGCUUCGAGGUGAAGUCAAAGAACAUGAAGUCUUGGUAUGAUCGGUGGGCAAGGAAGGACUCCUUUGAGCCAGGACAAAAGGUUUGGCUAUUUAAUCCUCGUCGGAUGAAGGGAAGAGCACCAAAGCUACAAAGUUCGUAGGAUGGACCGUACGUAGUGGUGAAAAGGUUGAGGGAUGUGGUCUUCAAUAUUCGGAGGUCUCCGAAUCAUAGCGGGAAGGUCGUACACGGUGAUAGGCUAGCUCCUUUUUGUGAGAGACGUAUUUGAGGAGGGGGGUUUAACGUUCGUAACGCUCCAAGCCCGUCGCGGUCACGUUAGGUUAAGGAUAUGUUAAGAUGUAUAUACGAUUUGAUGCUGGUUGUGUUUUGGAUUUUAUUAUUGUUUUAGGUGCUGGAGGGGAGGAACUCGAGAAUGAAGAGGCCAGAAGUCAUGGAAGGGGACUGCCUCUCUCGUGGUUUUUGACCGGGGUUUUCCCGUGAGAUUAAGGCGAAUGCCGAGGCAGGGGCUCGGGGGUCUUCUUAGGAAGACGCAGGGUCCCCGGAAGCUAUCCCCACCUGAGUCCGAAGAACGGACGUUGACGAACAACAACUAGCCUAAAACAGUACAAGAUGAAGACGCAGAAGAAGACCGAAGGAAGUCGAUAUAGAAGCGCCGUGUUAAGACGUCCUGGUCCGGUAACUUGCGGCAGGAGCCCAGGGUAGGACAUGAAAAGGGACGAAGACGAGUUACCCCUGCCAGACUGUCGGAACGACAGUCUUGCGAGGAGGGAGGUAGUGUUGUGUCCGGGUGAUUUUGGAUCAGCCACCCGGUGCGGCGGGAAGUCAGCUGUUAAGCUGACAGCUGUGCGGUGUUGGAUCGGUGAGUCUGCGGGAGAAGACACGAGCCUCCUGGCGACGGGUCGCUAGGGGGAUAAAUAAACAAGGAGAAACAACGAGUCGUAGCUUGGCCGAGGUCGUGGCUUGACGAAUCGCUAUCAGCUGCGCUGAUUCACGAAUUGUAUCAUAAACCGCGAUCAUCUGUAUUGUGCUACUAUAAUAAAUCGGCUCUUUCCUUCUACAAACGCGAGUGUCUCUUUCCUGCGAGCGCGAUCGCGAGUUCUGUGCGCGAGCGCGAGUGACGCGUGUGUGUGUCGAGCGGAAUACGCCGCCCGGACGUAUCAAUCCAAGACGUGUUUGUACGAAUUCCAUCACGAGUAUAUGGUACCUCUUUAUCGUGACAAAUGCAAGAUCAUGUAUACGGAUACGGAUAGUUUAAUGUAUCAUAUCGAGUGCGACGACGUGUACGCGCAAAUGAAGCAUGAUAUUGCGAGAUUCGAUAUGAACGAUUACGAGGUCGAUAAUGCGUACCGAAUGCCACUCGCAAAUAACAAGGUACCCGGCUUGAUGAAAGACGAAAACAACGGCGCGAUAAUGACAGAGUUCGUCGGGCUUAGAGCGAAGAUGUACGCUGUGAAAGUGGUUGGUAAAAAAGACACCAAAAAGGCGAAAGGUGUCAAGAGUAAUGUCGUAUUGAAAGUGAUAACAUUUGAAGACUACACGCGGUGUCUGAAAGAUUAUACGGAAGUGACGCGACGCCAAUCAUGCAUAAGAUCAAAGUUGCAUGAGGUGUACACUGUGUCAGAGUCGAAAAUCGCUCUAAGUCCGUACGAUGAUAAACGUUAUGUUAUAGACGGUUCUACCCACACGUUACCAUGGGGACAUUAUCAGAUACCAUUGUAA